AUGGUGGAACACAAUGAAUGUGGGAAGGAAGGGUGGAUGCAAGGGAAGGGAAGGAGAACAUCCUUAUUCCUGUAAAUUGGCUAUGCUGCAUAACAAGAUCUGUAGUUGUAUAAGAACAAGAACAUUAGAAAGCUCAGCUGGACCAAGGCAACAUUCCAUACUUUUCUCACAGUGGCCAAUGAGAUGCCUAAAGAGAGACUAUUUCCAUGCUAAUUUAAUAUAGGGUUUAAAUAUAUAUGACCUUCCAGUACUGCUGACCAUUCAGUUGAUGAGUUAAGAGCUUUCUUUCUUUCUUUCUUUCUUUCCUUCCUUCCUUCCUUCUUUCUUAAGACUGAAUUUGCAUCUGAGGUGGGAGGAAAAGUGUUGGAAUAAACUCAAGAAACCCUUCACUCUCCACUCAACUUCUAGGUAAAGUAACCUCAUGAAUGUAGCCUUGUGGUAUGUCAGGUUUCUCUACCUUACAGUAAGUAUUAUGUCAAUUUGACCUAGGCCCAUUUUGGAUCCACUCCCAAUUUUACACUUAGCAAGUAUAUAUUGUAAUUAAAAGAGUUGUCCUCAAAGGGCAGCAGACUCUCAACAUAUGUGCAGCCGGCUGGCUUCAGAAAAUCCCAACAGCUGUGAAAUAAAUGCUAUUUCCAGAGUUGUUUAGUGGAGGUCACACAGAGAAGGGAAUCUGAGUGAGAGCUGUUUUACAUUUCCUUCAUCUGCAGGUUUACAAGGUCUUUUGCCUUCCGACUCUACAUUUGCCAGCAUCAGCCUAGAUCCCAAAGAGGGAAUUUAUCAAAGAAGCAUACCAACAAAACAAGCAAGGCAAAACAAAACAAGCUUUAUUUUACAAGAGAAAUAAACUAGCAGGGUGAGGUCAGUGCUGAACGAAAAUGGCAGGAGUUAAGAAAAGGCGGGCCUAAUGAGUUAGCUGAACAUAAGGCAGAAUGUCGACAUAUCCCCUGACAGGGACCAUUCAGCAUCAGCAAUUUGAAGCCAGCAGGCCAAAUCCAGGUCCCUGAAGAUUACCAGCUGUUCCUGUAGUCGUCAACUCAAGAACAAGAGAAUGUUGUGAAGAAAGUUCUAACUCUGAUAAUAGGACUUGCUAGCAAACUUAUUUGGGGUAAUAGAAUAUCAGUUCUAUGACAUUCCUUUGAGUUGCUCUCCCAUAAAGUUAGGGUGGGGAAUGGGCAUGAUCCCCAGUACUUCUCUGGAGGAAUGUCACCUGAACACUUAAAAUAAACAUAAAUGCUGAUGAGAUUUGCAAGUAAGGCGAGUAUGGAGAGUAUGACAAUAUUUGUUCAUGAUAGUUGCAUUUGCAAGGACUGGAUUGUAUGAGCCGUGCAGAGCAAACAUAGAGAAACAGAAACAGCAGUGUUUGUAUACGUGUCAAGAACAGUCAUGGAAUACAGUUAUUGACACAUGCACAAAAUGGAGGGUGGUGCCCAGAAAUCAUGUGGCACAGAACAGAUGAGGUAACCAUCAAAAAGAUUUUCCCUGAGCUGUUUGAGAUCACCUGAAGUGAUGAACAUCAACAAGUGCUGCUGGGAACACUGGUGGCUAUGAUGAAUUUAAAUGCAAAACUCUCCAAUGUUGUUCACGGAAUCACUGUUUGGAGGGAAAGCAAUUUUAACUCAGAGUUUACGCAUAUAAAAGCACUGUGCUUGCCUCUGCAUCUUGUGGAGAAUGGGAAUUACAAAGAGUAAAAACUUUCUCCAAGCCUCUGGCUGCAUGCACCACACAAUGUGCAAGCAAGGCAGACCUAUAUUUGUGGAGACUCCCAGUAAAAUCUGCAUUUUCCCCUGCCCUCAUGAAAUAGUGAUGCUGUGAACAACAUUAGAGAACUUAACAUUUUAAAUUAUACAUAAAUGUGGCGUUCCAGCUGUGCCUGGAAAUAAAUGUGGCUAAUGUAAAUACAGGCACUAAUGGGGAUUAAUGAUUUAAAGGUUUCCUUUGGUAAAGAAUACUUCACUGGCACUGGGUAUGUUUUCGGCUAGGAAUUUUCCUCUUCCCCUCACGCCUCCCUCUGUCCCACCUCAUUGUGUCUCGCUCUCCUCUCCAAGGGAUUAGUGUCUCUGUCCCCAUUUUGCUAAGAAUGAAUUCACUCUUUGGCACAGGUCCCCCCCCCCUUCCUGCUCCUUCCACUUCUGUCUCCAAACGGUAAGUCUGCUUUGUACUUCCCUCCUUUCCAC